AUGACUACAUUUGUUGAUUCUAUUAAUCAUUAUUUAUCAUCAAACUUAACCCAAUGUGCUUAUGAUUUAUCAAAAUUAUUAUAUGCUCAAUUACCUUCAAAUGAAAAUAGAUUAUUAUUUGCACAAUGUUUAUAUAGAGUAGCAAAAUAUGAUGAAUGUCGUUCUCAUCUUUCUGCACUUCCACCAUCUGAACAGUCAAUGAACCUUCUUGGACUUUGUAUUUUAGCAACAAAGAAGUAUUCUGCAGGUAUUACCCAAAUGACAUCUUUUGUUACUUCUCAUAAGAAUUCAGGUUUAUAUUAUCUUCUUGGUGAGAUGCAUUUUCAUUUAGGAAGAAGAAAUGAAGCUAUUCGAUGUUUUGAAUCAGCAUUAACAAUUGAUAGUAAUUUGAUUUCUGCUCAAUUAAGAAUUAUUGAAAUGGGAGAAGUGUUAUAUCGUAAUGUUGUUGCACGUUCAUCUGAUAUUAUUCCUUUUUCAUAUGAACAAUUUCCAAGAAGAAGAUUAUUUCCAUCAGAAAUUAAUCCCCAAAGAGAGUCAGAGAAUACUAUUGAUGUCACAGCAAUUAAUGGAUAUCUUAAGAGUUGUGUUUCUAUUGAAAAAGGAGAUAUUAUUAAUGCAACAACUAUAAUGAAAAAUGAAGUUAAUUCAAUUAUUGGUUCAAAUGAAGGGUUAUUCCUUGCUGCUCGUAUAAGCUCUAUUGAACAAAAACCAAAUAUAACUGUUGCAUUAGGAAGAAAUGCUGCUAGAAUGUAUCCAUUUGCAAUGAGCUUAUAUCCUUUUUAUGCUGAGGCAUUAUACCAACUAAAAAGUUGGAAAGAGUUACAUGCACUAGCCAUGAAAUCUGGAGAAUACAGGUGGUGUUAUGAAUCUUGGAUUGUAUUAGGAUUUGAAGCACUUGGAUUAAAUAAGAAUAGUGAGGCUGUUACUUGUUUUGAGAAAGCGUUAUUAAUCAAGUAUUGUGUUCAAAAUGAAUUAUAUCUUGCAAAUGCUCUAAUGAAAGACAAACAAUUUCAAGACUCACUUAAACAUUACAGAAUAGUUAUUCAAUUAAACCCAAAUAAUUAUAAAGGAUGGUGUGGUAUUGCUCAUGCUUCAUUAGAACUUAAGUUAUAUUCAGAAGCAUUAUCAGCUUCUUCUAUUGCAAUUGGAUUAAGCAAUACUAUUGAGUCAUUAACUACUGGUGUUAUUGUAUCAAUGAAAAUGAAGAAAUAUGAUCAAUCAAUCAAAUGGAUUAGUUCAUUAUUAAAUUUAACACAAUCAGUAGAAAUUCGAUUAAGAAAAAUAGUUUUAUUAGAUUCUGUUGGGAAUAUUCAACAAGCAAUAAAAGAUAUUAAAGUGUUGAGAGAGGAAUCAAUGAAUGAUGUUACUGUUAGAUUAGUGUAUGCACGAUUAUUAAAAAAGACUGGAAACAUUCAAAUGGCUCUUGAAGAAUAUGAAACACUUAAACAACUCUUUCCUAAAUAUCGUUUAGCUCUUGAAAAUGAAAUUGAAAAAAUGAAUAAUGGAGUAAUAGGUGAAGAAGUAUUGGCAUUCCCUGAAUGGAUUGGAUAUUAA